CCCAUUUCUCGGAGAUCCCCUUCGUUAGCUCUCCACAGCUCCUUCUUCCCCACUGCAAAAAUGUCUUCGACCACCAGAUCCUCCUCCAAAGCUUCCAAAUCCCCUUCUCAAUCUUCUCUCUCCUCCCACCUCGCCAUGCUUGAUCUCAAAUCUCGCAUCCUCUCUUCUCUCUCGAAGCUCUCCGAUCGUGACACCCAUCAGAUCGCCGUCGACGAUCUCGAAAACAUAAUUAGCUCCCUUCCCGCUGACGGCUUCCCUAUGUUCCUUUCCUCACUACUCCACGAUCCUAUUCCUUCCCCUGGCGACCCGACCGGUGCCCGCAGCUCCCCCAUUGUUGCCCGCCGCGAAUCCAUCCGCCUUCUCGCUCUUCUCUGCGCCGCAUACCCCGACUCCGCCGCUGCUCAUCUACCCAAAAUCAUAAAUCUCAUUGUUCGCCGACUCAAGGACCCUGUAUCAGACGCUUCACUUCGUGACGCUUGUGGUGACGCGGCUGGCUCGCUGGCGGCGAUCUAUCUUCGAUCCAAUGCUGAGGAAACCGGAAAUGGACGGUCGGGGGCGGCGGCGCCGGUGGCUGGUUUGUUUGUGAAGCCGUUAUUGGAGGUGAUGGGGGAACAGAGUAAGACGGUGCAGGCGGGGGCGGCAAUGUGUCUUGGGAAAGUCGUGGAAGGAGGGGGAGGGGGAGGGGGAGGCGGAGCUGCGGCGUUUCAGAGGCUGUGCCCUAGAAUAUGUAAGAUGAUUGGAGCUCAGAGCUGUCUUGCGAAGGGAUCUUUGCUGUCUGUGCUUUCGAAAUUGGCCCAGGUUGGAGCAAUCAGUUCCCAGAGUAUGCCGAAUGUGCUGCAAAGUGUUCGAGAAUGUCUUGAGAAUAAUGAUUGGGCAACUCGUAAAGCAGCUGCUGAUACAUUCAGUGUGUUGGCCUCCCAAUCAAGCCAUUUAAUUGCUGAUGGGGCAUCUCAAACUAUUGCUUCUUUGGAGGCUUGUCGUUUUGAUAAGGUUAAGCCCGUGAGAGAGAGCGUGAUGGAGGCUUUACAAUUAUGGAAGAAGAUUUCAGAUAAAGGAGCUGAGAGUUUGAAAGUUGGUGAAUCAGGACAUUCUGACGAGAAUUUGGACAGUAAAGAUUUGAAUCUCAAUAGUGAUAGACAAGAAUCUGUGAAGGAUUCAUCUGCUGAUUCUUCAUCUACUGGCGGUGCGCCUCUAUCCCCCGUAAAGUGCACCAUCCUACCAGAGAAUGCUGCAGAUUUACUGAAGAUAAAGGCACCCUCUUUGAAAGACAAAGAGUUAAACCCAGAGUUCUUUCAAAAACUCGAAUCAAGAAAUUCAGAUGAUGUUCCUGUUGAAGUUGUGGUACCUCGUAAACGCCCUCAGUCCUCGCAUUCAAAAGAUGGAAAAGAAAAAGGCUCAGCUGAGGGUGGUGUUGUUGCUGGAUGUGAAUUGAAUGAAAAUCUUGAACAUUCAUAUCGUCGCUAUAAUACUUCUGAAAGAAGAUUAGGUGCACAUGGAAGACAACAAAACUCAGAUUUCCUUGCUCGUGAUAAGUUUUCAGAGCAAUUGAGGUUCCGAGACUCGAAACUGAGGGGUUGUGAUGCUUCCAAUAGGGUGGAAUUUAACCCUGGGGACUCCUUUGCAAGCCGUUCAAGUAUCUCACGAACUGAUGGUCUUGUUGAAAGCUCUUUUAUGAAUAAUAAAGUAAAUUGGUUGGGCAUUCAGAGGCAGUUAUCUCACUUAGAGAGGCAACAAGCAUAUCUUAUGAACAUGUUGCAGCACUUCAUGGAAGGCUCCCAUGAUAGCUUAAUAACCCUGGAAGACCGAGUUCAUGGACUUGAGAGAGUUGUUGAAGAAAUGGCACGAGACUUGUCAAUUUCCUUUGGAAGGAGAGGAGGAAAUAUGACUGUGGGGUUCGAAGGAUCUCCUGUAAGAUCCUUAGCAACUACAAUGGACUUCAAGACCACCACUUCAAAGUUCGGCCGGGGAGCUGAAAGUAGAAUUCCGUAUCUGUCAACAGAUGGCAUGGCUUCUGUAUCAAGGGGAAAAGAAUUCUAUGCACACGCUGCUCCAAGGAGAGGUCUAAUGGCCUCUUCAGCUGGUGGUAGAUUGCUAAGAAAUGAACAUGGAGGCGAUCAAGUUGGUAGCGGCCGGAGGGCUUGGGACAAAGCUGACGGACCAUUUAGGCUCGGCGAAGGUCCCUCUGCAAGAAGUGUUUGGCAAGCCUCCAAGGAUGAGGCUACUUUGGAAGCUAUUCGAGUGGCUGGGGACGAUAAUGGAACCUCUCGAGCUGCAACACGACGGCCAGUUCCUGAAAAAGAUAUGGAUGCCAUGGCAGAUGGCGAUUCCGGCCAGGAGGGUGCAAUGGAUUCAAUUCGUAUUGGUGAUGUGGAUUCAGCAUAUGCAGAGGUGCUUUCUAGGGGAGAUGAUGUGAUGCUUUUGAAGCUGAUGGAAAGAUCUGGGCCUGUUAUCAAUGAGCUCUCAGAUGAAGUAGCUAUUGAACUAUUGCAUGCAGUCGGGCAGUUGCUGCUGGAACAAAGCUUGUUUGAUAUAGCAUUUGCUUGGAUUCAACAGUUGAUGAAUCUGGUAACGGAGAAUGGAGCAGAUUUCCUUAGCAUUCCUAUGGAAGUUAAGAGAGAAAUUUUGUUGAACCUUCAUGAAGUAUCUACUAUGGACCUGCAGGAGGAUAGCUAUGGGGCUUCAGCAAACCAAUUAUUGUCGCAGCUUGCUUCAGCUUGGGGGAUCAGCAUUCAGCAUCUUAUGAAAUAGUAAGUAUAUUUUGUCUUCUUAUUUUGAUUUUUUUGGUUAUAUGAGCUCCGCACGAGGUUGUUAAUAUAUGUAUAUUCCAUUGGUUUUGGGUAGAUUAGUUUAUUUAAAGCAGGUUUUGGGAUUCAUUUUAAAGAAAAAAAAAAAAAAAGAUUUUUAGAUGCCUUAGAAUGGUCUAGUUUGGAUAAAUAUGCCUCUAAUGUUUUUUUCAUAUUGUUUAUUCAUUCUGGAUGAAACUCUGUCAUUAGGGCUGCAAACGAACCGAGCCGAGCCGAGUAUGUGAGUGUUCAUGUUUGUGUUCAUGUAAUAUCAGUUUGUUCAAGUUUGGUUCA